GACUUCGCCAGCACAAGAACAAGCCGAAGAAGCAUGGUCAUCAACUCGCCGUACCACUCGUCGAUGGGCAAGGAGAUCGAGAAGGCCUGCAAGAUCCUCGAUGCGUUCUUCGACCCGAAGGUCGACGCGGACAAGGCCAUUCCGUUCGAGCUCAUCCAGAACGCGGCGGGUAUUGCGUUCCUUACCGUCAUCAAGGCCGGCAUGAUCUGGACUGGCAAGGUUGGCACUGGUGUCGUGCUCUCGCGCCUCGACGAUGGCACGUGGAGCCCGCCGUCUGGCAUUGGCACAGCCGGUGUUGGCUUUGGUGCGGAAAUCGGAGGCGAAAUCAUCGAUUUUAUGAUCAUCCUCGGCUCGCCCAGCGCCGUGCAGUCGUUCAAGAAGGGCACGCAGCUUUCGGUGGGCGCAGGCCUGGAGCUUGCCGUCGGUCCCGUCGGCCGUGCUGGUGGCGCCAACGUCAACGCUGGCGGCAGCGGCCUCAGCAGCAACUAUACGUACAGUCACGCAAAGGGUCUCUUUGCCGGCGUUGGCCUCCACGGCUCGACCAUCAUGGUUCGCGGCGAAAUGAACAACGAGUUUUACGGCAAGGAGGUGUCACCGAUGCAGAUUCUGAGCGGUCACGUCGCGCCGCCGCCGGGGUCGUGCGAUCGCCUUUACGAGACGCUUCAGCGCGCGUGCAUUGGCGACAUGGGCUCCUCCGGUCGUGCAGGUCUCUCCGAGCCGAUGCAAGCCAUUCCACCGUCGGCCUAUGGGCGCAGCAGCAUGACGGACUACAGCGACCAGCGCCGGUCGUUUAACAGCAGCAGCGGCUCGUCGUCGUCGACCUCGUACAACCCGCCGUCGUCACGCACCACCGCGCCGUCCAACUAUGACCCAAUGGCGCGCAACUCGAUCUUGGGCUCAAGCGCCGAGAGCGAAGUGUCGAAAGAAACGGACCCGCGCCUGCGUCGGUACAGCAGCUACAAGAACGAGAAGGACCUGUACGCCCAAUUCGCCAAGAAGGCGCCGACGCACACGAGUCAGCCGUCGGCGUACGCGCCGGCACAAACCAACGCGGGGUAUUACGCCCAACCGGCCGCGGCCGCAGCGCCCACGGGCUACUAUGCACAGCCAGCGGCCUCGAGCUAUGCACAGCCGACGGCCCCGAGCUACGCUCAACCGACGACGGGCUAUGCUGCACCGGCUACAUCGUCGCGGGCGGCGCCCUCGAUGCCUCCGGCCGCGGAAGGUGCCGAGACCAAGCAAGUCUUUGGCGAAGUGAUUCAGUUUAUGACGACGCGCGUGCCGCACGCCGACCUCUCGAUGUUCAAGGACAACUGCCGCCGAUUUGGGCAGGACCAAAUGUCGAUUGACGCGUUCUUCUUUUACCUCAACUCGAUCUGCACGUCGAGCUUGCUCAAGGAGCUCAUGCCCAAGCUCGUGCGGUUGCUGCCGACGCCCGAGAAGCGCGUCGCCAUGUGGGAUCUGUACGUCAAACACGUCUACUAGUCGGUUUGGCACCCUCCCUAAUAAUACAAACUUGUCCCAACUGC